GGUGCGCGUUGCCUGCAUGCGCGCAGCUCCAGCCCCGGGCGGCCGCGGCGGCAGCGCCGGAGCCAGAGGCAGCCGGACGCGUAGAGGAGCGCGGAGCCCGGGAGGCGCCCCGGGUCCCCGCUGGACCAUUGUCACUGUCUAGCGCCCGGGUGCGCUGCAAAGACGAGGACCGGACUCUCUUGAAUCUCCUGGCGCGGGGCGACUCUUGGUAUUUUCUAACUCAACUCGUGGAUUGGAACGUGGCUCCGCUCCGAGCGCGGCCGGCGACUUGUAGGACCCCAGCCCUGGCCCCGGCUGCCGCGCACGCCCUCGGAAGACUCGGCGGGGUAGGGGCGCGGGCGGCCGCGAAGGUCUCCGCGUGCACCGCAGUCGAGCCCAGGGCUGAUUGGAGGGGGAGCCCCGGAGAAUCAAUUUGGGAUUUGUUGUGAACAGCAUGGAGGAGAAUGACCCCAAGCCCAGCGACGCGGCGGCGGCGGUGGAGGGGCAGCGGCAGCCGGAAUCCAGCCCCAGCGGAGGCUCGGGCGGCGGCAGCAGCAGCCCAGGCGACGUCGACACUGGCCGCCGGCGGGCUCUGAUGCUGCCCGUGGUCCUGCAGGCGCCAGGGAACCACCAGCACCCGCAUCGUAUCACCAACUUCUUCAUCGACAACAUCCUGCGGCCCGAGUUCGGCCGGAGAAAGGACGCGGGGACGUGCUGUGCCGGCGCGGGAGGAGCAAGAGGCGGCGGAGCCGGCGGCGAAGGCGGCGCGGGCGGCACGGAGGGAGGCGGCGGCGCGGGCGGCGCCGAGCAGCUCCUGGGGUCGAGCCGGGAGCCCCGGCAGAACGCGCCGUGUGCGCCCGGUGCGGGCGGGCCGCUGCCCGGCGACGGCGGCGACUCUCCGGGCGACGGGGAAGGCGGCUCCAAGGCGCUCUCGCUGCACGGCGGCGCCAAGAAAGGCGGCGACCCCGGGGGCCCCCUGGACGGGGCGCUCAAGGCCCGCGGCUUGGGGGGCGGCGACCUGUCGGUGAGCUCGGACUCGGACAGCUCGCAGGCCAGCGCCAACCUGGGCGCGCAGCCCAUGCUCUGGCCAGCUUGGGUCUACUGCACGCGCUACUCGGACCGGCCAUCUUCAGGUCCAAGGUCUCGCAAACCAAAGAAGAAGAACCCCAACAAAGAGGACAAGCGGCCGCGCACAGCCUUCACGGCGGAGCAGCUGCAGAGGCUCAAGGCCGAGUUCCAGACCAACAGGUACCUGACGGAGCAGCGGCGCCAGAGCCUGGCGCAGGAGCUCAGCCUCAACGAGUCGCAGAUCAAGAUCUGGUUCCAGAACAAGCGUGCGAAGAUCAAGAAGGCCACGGGCAACAAGAACACGCUGGCCGUGCACCUGAUGGCGCAGGGCCUGUACAACCACUCCACCACGGCCAAGGAGGGCAAGUCCGACAGCGAGUAGGGCGGCGGGAGGCCGAGUCCGGUCUCAGUCCCGCUAGCCAAUGCAAUAAUUUAAAUCACAAAUCAAGGGCCAGUGUAUAAAGAUUAUACCAGCAUUAAUAGUGAAAAUAUCGUGUAUUAGCUAUGGUUCUGCAAUAUUCUAUGUAUAUAUAAUUUACAGGUGUGUAAAAUCCAAAAUAUCUGACUGUAAAAUAUUUCUUGAGUUUUUUGUGUUUUUCAAAUUAUGCUAAUUUUAUGGGGGGUUUUUGUUUUGUUUUUUUAUUUUCAAAGGGGGCUGUUUAGGGUUUCAUCUUUUUUAAUCCCCUAAGCUCCAUUAUGGGACAUUGGGCUUUUUUUUUUUAAUUUCAAAAGAAGAAAAAAUUAAAACAACUUGCUGAAGUCCAAAGAUUUUUAUUGCUGCAUUUCACACAACUGUGAACCGAAUAAAUAGCUCCUACUUGGUCUGUGAGUUCCGCCACUUUGUUUGUGUGGGCUUGGUGUGACAGCAGGCACCAGGAGGGCCAUACCCUCAGCCUCGCCAGCGGCAGCGCAGGAGCCCCGGUGGGGCGAGGGAACUCUUGGCGUCCGGGGAGGAGUGCCGCACCCUGAAGACAGGGCCUGCCCUGGGAAGUGGGCCCAUGGU